AAAACAAACUGAGCUUGGUCGCGGACCCGCGUUUUGCCGGACCCAUUGAGGUGUUAUAUUAUACACCUCAAUGGCCGGACCCAGAAUGGCGGCUGAUCCUCACCUGUGUUAUAGUCACCUUGGUUGGAGUUGGAGUCAAAGCCAAAUUAACCAACCAAAAUUGCCUGAAGUUUGCAGGGCACAAAUUGAACUGUAUUUGAUGAACGCAUGGCGAAGUACUGAAAUAGCAGUAGUUCUGAUCUAGUACGGUAUGUCUGAGUCUAGGAAUCAGCGAGUAGGCUAAUAUAUUGCGAUAUUAUUUGUUAAAAUGAAUCUUAGCCGUUCGUUAUUUGUGGCUGUAGCCGAGGUGAAUUUGGUUGGAUAUGCUAGAAAUGGAAGAAACUUAUAUCGUUCUGUUCAGCAAAUAAGGCUUUUAUCAUCAAAAGCAAGUCAGAAAACAUCAAAACAGAUUGAUUUGUCAAAUUUUCCACCAGACAAGAUUCGAAAUUUCGGUAUUAUUGCUCAUGUUGAUCAUGGAAAAAGUACACUUGCUGACAGAUUGUUGGAAAUUACUGGAGCAAUAGAGGCCAGCGCUAGCAACAAACAAGUUCUUGACAAGUUACAAGUUGAGAAAGAAAGAGGGAUCACUGUGAAAGCACAAACUGCAUCAAUAACUUAUUAUCAUAAAGGCGAAGAGUAUUUAUUGAAUCUAAUCGACACUCCGGGUCAUGUUGAUUUUUCUUAUGAAGUUUCACGGUCUCUUGCAGCAUGUCAAGGCGUUCUUCUCGUGGUUGAUGCUUCUCAAGGUGUAGAAGCACAAACUCUGUCUAAUUUCUAUUUGACUAUGGAUGCAGGAAUCGAUGUUAUUCCAAUUAUUAAUAAAAUUGAUUUAAAAACUGCAAAUGUUGAUGCAGUUUGCCAAGAAAUGGAAAAGUUUUUUGACAUUGAUCGAAAAGAUAUUAUUGCGAUUUCUGCAAAAACAGGAAUUAAUGUGGAAUCUGUAUUAGAGGCUAUUAUUGAUAGACUUCCAUCACCAAAACAACACCUUAAAUGCUGCAACUCAUCUGGACCUCUGAAAGCUCUUGUGUUCGAUUCUUGUUAUGAAAACUAUAAAGGUGUUAACGCUAAUAUAGCUGUAACUAGUGGCAAGAUAAAAACUGGGGAUCAGAUUACAUCACACUUUUUGCAAUCUCUACCUAGAUCAAAAACAACAUAUGAGGUGAAAGAUGUUGGAAUAUUGAAACCUGAUUUCCACUCAACAGGAGUUCUGUAUGCGGGCCAAGUUGGUUGCGUGUACUGUGGCAUGAAAACGACAGCCGAAGCAAGGAUAGGUGAUACAUUUCAUCAUGUUGGAACUCCAGUUGAGGCUUUUGAAGGUUUCAAAUCAAUGAAACCCAUGGUGUUGGGUACAAUGUAUCCUAAUGACCAGUCAGAAUAUAUAAAUUUGAAGAAAUCAAUCGAUAAAUUAACUCUAAAUGACAGCAGUGUUACGGUGCAUAAUUGCAACUGCCCUGCACUAGGUGCUGGGUUCAGAUUGGGAUUUCUCGGAUUAUUGCACUUGGAUGUUUUUAAACAAAGAUUGGAACAGGAGUACGAUGCUACGGUUAUUUGCACAACACCUACAGUGCCUUAUAAAGCAAUUUUAUCAUCUCCUGCUCAAAUAAAAAAGCAUGGAUCCGAUGAAAUGACAAUAUCAACCGCAGGGGAUUUUCCUGACUUAUCAUGGAUAAAAACAUUUCUUCAGCCAAUGGUUACUGGAACUGUGAUGGCACCUGCAAAGUAUCUUGAGGCAGUAAUGGACUUGUGUGAGAGGAGAAAUGGAGUUGAACAAAGUCUUUCCUACAUCAAUGAUAAUCGUGUUAUUGUUGUUUAUCGUCUCCCUCUAGAUGAGAUUAUUGUUGAUUUUUAUGACAAAUUGAAGUCUGUCACAUCAGGUUAUGGAAGUUUUGACUAUGAAGAUGCGGAGUAUGAAGAAACAAAUCUUGCUAAAGUUGAUAUUUUAUUGAAUGGAAAAAUAGUUCCUGAGUUGUCAUCAGUAUUUAAUGAGUCAAAGUAUCAGCGAAUGGCACGGCAAAUAUGUGAACGACUCAAGGAAACAAUUCCACCGCAACUAUUUCCAAUAAAUAUACAAGCCGUCGUUGGAAGCAAAGUAAUAGCAAAGUCAUUGAUAAAACCGUACAAAAGAGAUAUCUUUCAGAAAUUGGGGGGUGGUGACAUGACAAGAAAGAUGAAGCUUGUUCGAAAGCAUAAAGAUGAAGAAAAGAGACUUCGAAUGAUUGGUAAAGUCACAGUGCCAAGAAACGCUUUUGUUAAAGUUCUCCAGGAAUGACAGGAAAGCUCUACACAUCAAAUCAUGUGACUGUGUUAUUUCCAAUACUGUUGAGUUUAUGGCAGCUAAAGAAAUAGCUGUUUGCGCAGAUACAGAGCAUCACAACAGAAGCAGAGUUAAAAUAAAUCAACUUCUUGAACUUUGGAUCGACAUCUCCUUCCCUAUACCAAUAUAUCUGAAUAAAAUAAAUAUAUUUUUAAACUUUUA